AUGGAUGGUGUUGUUGUGAGAAGGGUCAUUCCUUCUGAUAACAGUUGUCUCUUUAAUGCUGUUGGAUAUGUUAUGGAUCGUGACCAAACUAAAGCUGCUGAGUUGAGACAGGUUAUAGCUGCAACCGUAGCAAGUGACCCUGAGAAAUAUUCUGAAGCAUUUCUUGGGAAACCAAAUUCAGAGUAUUGUAACUGGAUUCUUGACCCAGAGAAGUGGGGAGGUGCAAUUGAACUCUCAAUAUUAGCAGAUUAUUAUGGACGUGAAAUUGCAGCAUACGAUAUCCAGACAACACGGUGUGAUUUGUACGGUCAGGAAGGUAACUAUUCUGAAAGGGUGAUGCUCAUAUACGAUGGUCUCCACUACGAUGCUUUAGCUAUGUCUCCCGUUGAAGAUGCUCCCGAGGAUUUUGAUCAGACCAUAUUUGCUAUACAAAAUUCCAGAAGCAUUGGACCUGUUGAACAGCUUGCGCUAAAUUUUAUUAAAGACCAACAUAGGAAACGGAAAUUCACCGACACUGCCAACUUCACUCUGCGGUGUGGGGUAUGCCAAAUUGGAGUUAUUGGUCAGAAGGAGGCAGCGGAGCAUGCUCAAGCAACCGGUCAUGUUAAUUUUCAAGAAUAUAGAUGA